CCAUGGGCUGCUGCACGGGGCGCUGCACGCUGAUCUUCCUCUGCUCGCUGCAGCUGCUGGCAGCAUUAGAGAGACAGAUCUUUGACUUCCUUGGUUUCCAGUGGGCUCCUAUCCUUGGCAAUUUCCUACAAAUAAUAGUUGUCAUUUUGGGUUUGUUUGGAACCAUCCAGUUUAGGCCUCGAUAUAUAGUUGUGUACACGGUGUGGACUGCCCUGUGGGUCACCUGGAAUGUUUUCAUUAUCUGCUUCUAUUUGGAAGUAGGCGGACUUUCUAAGGAAACUGAUCUCAUGACCUUUAACAUCUCAAUGCACCGUUCCUGGUGGCGGGAACACGGGCCCGGCUGCAUCCGAAGGGUGGUCCGACCUUCUGCCCCUGGCACCCUAGAUGAUUACUCCUACGUCUCCGUAACAGGCUGCAUAAUUGAUUUCCAGUACCUGGAGGUCAUUCACAGUGCUAUCCAAAUACUCCUCUCCCUGAUUGGAUUUGUGUAUGCCUGCUACGUGAUCAGUAUUUUCAUGGAGGAAGAGGACAGCUGUCGAAGUAAGUAAUGCACAUGGACUCAAGACUUCUGCUGCUGUAGCUGAAGAAACAUAUUUUAGAAGAAAAGACCAAUCUUGUGACUCAUCAUUCUGGAAGAAACCCACCAUUCGUUUCUCACGACACAUGGAUUGUUCUUCCCACAGGCUCAGUGUCAUUAUCAGAGCUGUUAUUUCGUAGAUACUUGUAGAUGAUCUUGAAUUUUUGAAUAAUUUAAUUAUAUGGACGCUUGUAAAUUGUAGAUUUUUUUCUUUUUAAAUUUCAAUAUUUUUACAACAUUUAGUGUUAAGGCAUGAAAACAAAACAACCUGUGAAAUCUAGGAGAAGUGUACGUCUUUCUCAAAAAGUCAGUAUUUUUUGACUGAUAGAAUCGUACUGUGCCUGGUCAAGAUUGUGUCAGUAAACAGUGAUUUUGA